AUGGACGCGCUCUACAACGCCACCGAAUGCAGCGGCGAAAACGGGACGAACGUCUCCGCGAACUGCAGCGACGGCUUCAACAAGUUCAUCCAGCCCGUGUGGCAGAUCACGCUGUGGGCCGUCGCUUAUUUCGGCAUCGUGGUGGUGUCUGUGGUCGGCAACGUGGUGGUCAUCUGGAUUAUUCUGGCGCACAGACGCAUGAGGACUGUCACCAACUACUUUCUAGUGAACCUCGCUUUCGCUGAGGCUGCCAUGUCGGCAUUCAACACAGUGAUCAACUUCGCCUACGCCGUUCACAACGAGUGGUACUUUGGUUUGGUCUACUGCCGAUUCCACAACUUCUUCCCCAUCGCCGCCAUAUUUGCCAGCAUUUACUCCAUGACAGCCAUCGCUCUGGACAGAUACAUGGCCAUCAUCCACCCUCUGAAGCAGAGGUUGUCGUCCACUCAGACUCGGUUGGUGAUCGGUGUGAUCUGGCUGCUGGCUCUGCUGCUGGCCUUUCCUCAGUAUCUCUACUCGUCCACCGCAGUGCUGCCCGGACGCACGGUCUGCUUCAUAGACUGGCCUGAAUAUGACACUGUUGACUUCAAAAAGAUCUACUACGUGUGUGUGACCAUACUGAUCUACUUCCUGCCCCUGUGCAUCAUGGGAUGGGCGUACAUGACGGUGGCCGUCACCCUGUGGGCGAGCGAGAUUCCAGGAGACUCAUUUGAACACUACGCAGAGCAACUCAUCGCCAAACGCAAGGUGGUGAAGAUGAUGAUCGUGGUGGUGUGCACCUUCGCCGUGUGCUGGCUGCCGUACCACGUCUACUUCCUGCUGCACCAGUUCUUCCCCGAACUGUUCGAGGAGCGCUACAUCCAGCAGGUCUACCUGGCCGUCAUGUGGCUGGCCAUGAGCUCCACCAUGUACAACCCAGUCAUCUACUACUGCUUAAACAGCAGGUUCAGAUCAGGCUUCCAGCAGGUGUUUUGCUGCUGUGCUCCCACCGUCACCAAAGAGGAGCUGUUGGAACUCAAAUCUCCUCGUUACCUGCAAACCCAGGUCAGCAUAUACCCCGCAAGCCGAACGGAGAUCGUUGUUCCUGCCGCAGCAACCGAGGCGCCACCUGCCGAGUCGCGCGUUUAUCCUCACGUGGAAGUCGCAACGAACGUCUCGUUCUCUGACCUGCUGCCCUAAAGCUCUCACGUUUCCACCGUUAGGGGUAAAGAGUGGAGAUGCCCGGAUUUGUCCCAGGAGCAUGGCAGCACUUAGAGACCAACGCUAACACGGCUAACCGACCUAUGUACAGGUCACGCAUGAGUUAAAUGGCUGAUACAAUCACAUGAUAUCAUUGGAUGAGGGCAUCAUCACAAAGUGACGUAGGAGACUUGAGAGAAUCUCGUCCUUCAUCACCUGCACGGCUCAGAGUCUUGACCCCUCCCUGUGUUCCUGACUUGGGGAGCUGAUUGAAGAGAAACUUCUGUGUUUGCUUAGCAACAGUGUCAAUUCACUUGUUUUUAUCUGUGUUGCAUGGGAGCUUGGGGAGUGCUCGCAGACUGCCUGUCUGUACAGACCCAGCACCUGUUGGGCAGGAUUAGCCCCUUGUUUUGACAAUGUGUGGAGCCCGGUUCGGUUUGCAGCAGCCAGGUCACAAGCCUGGCUAAAUAUAGAGAGUCCAGAGAUGGGAAACGAGCCGCACGUAGCACGACCAGAGGGGAGUCUGAGGCUCAUUGCUGCAGACAUAAGGCGCAAUUUCAAUGUCACAGGUACCAGGUGUUUGUCUCGUGUGUCUUUGCCUUGUGACGUACUGCUGAUCUGGUUAGAUUGUAGCAGUCGCCAUGCAGCGUUUCCAUUAACCAUGGAAUUGCAUAAAGUGAAAUUAUGUAAAUAAAUUUGCUUAAUGGAAACACAACACAAAAACUAGGAUGUGGUGGUUUUUCAGCCGUAUAUUGAAAUAGAUGUAUUUUGCAAAACUGCAAUGAAAACACUUUUUUCUGCAUCACAUUAGUCACAUGAUGAACAGCCAGACGUCACUAGUGGCGAAAACGAUGAAGAACAUGACAGGAAGUGGACGAUCUGCAGCUGGCCGCACCAGAGCCCGCACAGAAUUGGGCAGUUUAUAAGAAGUUGUGUGUCAUUCCAACGUGUUGAAUCCAUAACUCUUCUGUGAAAUUGCAGACUACAAUUUUCCCAAAACGUCGCAUUAGUAGUCACUCCCAAGUAGGCGGGGCUUGUUGCUCCAAUGCCUGAAUAAGACGCUGACGUCUCCUCUGAUUGGCUGAUAGAUGAGGAGCGAAUGAAUACAAACACAUGUAACUUAUGUAUCUGUUAACAUCUAUGCCGUGCCACAGUGAAUGGUUGGUUUAUUUUAAUUUAAUCUUUUACUUAACAGAAACUGCAAUUGAGAAAUUAUGUCUUUUUUGACCUUAGCAUAAUAGCAACAAAUAUUUGCACUCAUUUGUAGUGAAACGCAACUAAUGUCAGUUUGUAAACCAGGUUGAAUGGGCGGGUAAUUCCCAUUCACCUCUACAUUUACUGUUUAUUGGUUAGUGCCAGCGGCUUUAUGCUUUUCUGUUUUUAUACACACUGCCACUAUUUCUCCACAGAUUGUUUUUAUUCAUAUGCUGGUCACAAAGCGACUCCUGUUUCUGCCUCCAAUUGCAGUGUAUAUAUAUAUGAACUGGAAUUUUUCAUAAAAAACAGGAAAUUAUUUGGCGUAGAUGAAAAAGAUGCCUCAGUCAUAUCAGUUUCUUAGAAGCACAGAGAAGAAUAGUUUCCUGUUCAUUGGGAACAAAUGUGUGCUGCACACUUCAAUUCAAAAACACUUUAUUUAUCCCAAAGGGAAAUUAAAUGUUGUCAUAACUCAUGUCGUCAAAGUAUCUGUAAAGCGUUGUGGAUGGUGAUGCUGUGGGCAGGAUGAAUCUCGGGUAGCAGUGAGUCUUGCAGUGAAUUUUAAGAGGCCUCUUACUGAAGCCACUGUUGCUGAAUGAGAGUCUCAUGGCUGUCAAAACAUGCUAACAGCUCAGUGUCAGGGCAGCAGAUGUUAUUCCACAGCCACAUAUCCUGGAUGACACCAUCAGUUGUUGGCUAGCACUGCUAAUCCACCUCAUUUGCUUUGCCACUUCUUUUUAAACCUCUGCCUGGCUAGAUGGCUAGACGGCAGAGAGAGGUUGGAGUAGAGGACAUGAUCCUCUCUCAUUAUGAUUGAAACAAGAGAUGGUUUGAACUUCCUCCAUCUCUCUCUGCUCAUUGGUCCUGCUCUGAAUCCAUGCUCCUCUGAGACUUUGGGGUCGUAGUUCAGGUGUUAUUUGAGUUUCCAAGAUGCUAAUCAGUGUUUUAAGUGCUUUAAAAAGUUAGCUGAAUCUUUCCAGCUUCACCGCACGAGAACCAGAAAGAAUAAUUGUCAUGCAACAUGCAACGCCUCAACCCCCCCCCCCCCCCCCCCCCCAAAUGAACAGAAGUCUAGAAAAACAACAAAUCAGAACUAACAGAGCAGAGCUACUUCCACUGCUCAGUCCUGGAGGAAAAUCCGGCAGAGAACUGGUAUCGUUCUGGUAAACGUUGGAGUAUCAGUUUGCUUUUACAAGUAUGAGUCCUGGCCGCUGGUACCAGGCCAAAUACUGAUACCAGUACCGAUACUGGUAUCACUUUAUCUAGUUGCUUUUUCUAAAUGCAGAUUAUUGACUGGUUUGAGAAGAUCCUUAAUAAUAUUAAAAUAUUAGUUAUUACAAUUGCAAUAUGUAUUAGCAAAAAGCUGUUAGAAUCCAUUUGAAGUCUUUUUUCCUAACCUCAAACAACCUCCUUCGCUCUUUAGUAGAAAUCUAAAAGUAAUGCAGCCUGGUGGAUCCCAUCUUCUCAAUGUCCAUCAAUGGAUUCUGGAGUUACUGCACUCAGCCCGAACCAGCCAAUCAGGGCUCAGUGUUCCCAGCAUCCCUUGGAACGCUUCAAGACACAAAUAAACUUCUUCUUAGCUGAUGCCAUCCAGCUCGCCCUCAUCUGAAGCACUUUGAACUGCCGUGGUGUUGAAAUGUGCUGUGGAAAUAAACUUGACCUGACAAUUCAGAAACAGGUGAUGAUCCACUGACUGCUUUUAAUCUCCUCUCUCCCUGAAGAGAUUGACAAGAAGAUUAAAGCAAUCAUUUACGUACAACAGUUUACUUGUGAAAACAGUAAUUGCAUAAAGACUUCUGCAAAAGUUGUAAGGUAAUGACAAAGGUGUUUGUACUCACAUCCGUAACAAGAGAGGAGGAGUUUGGAUAAAAAUAGUAUGUACAUUUAAUUUACAAUCAAAGUAAAAAAAAUAAAAUAAAACUAUUAUUAUGGCCUGAAGCAUUUGGUUUAUAACUUUACAGAAAAAAUAAAUAAAUCUUUGCCAUCUCUGAGGCUAUUUUGGACCAAAUGUCAUCUUUGUACUGUGAGAUCAUAUUGCAAAUGUUUUUUUGUAUUCAGUGAACUAGCUACAUAUGUGAUUGUACUACUAACUUUGUAAAAAUCUGUACAGUGAUAAUUAUGUAUGCAGUACUAUGUUGUUGUUUUUUUUGUCAGACUUAAACGUUUUAAAUGUUCAAACUGAUUUGAAUGUCAAAAAUGACCUGAAUUUUCAAUAAAGUUCAGUUUAUUUAUAUGCCGCUAAUUAACAUAAAAAAAUCAUUUUAACAAAAAUCAUACGGACAGGUUCCCAGUCAAGCAAACUGUGUAAGGCAGAGUUGGCCAACGUGCGGCCCGGUGAACAUUUGUGACCUCUGGAGUGAUUUUGUGCGGCCCAGGACUCCAGAUCAACUCAGCACAGGUGGUUGAUGCAGAUGGAGACUUUGGCAUUUUUUAUUUUUAAUCAGCUGAAGUUGAGCUUUAGUUUUCCAUUAAUGGAAAGAAAUUUUCUGCAGCUGCCUGUCCAUUAAUGGUGGUUGAGGUCAAAUUUUCUGGAAUAAAAGUUUUAAGAAAUAUUUUUUACUCCGUUUUUUAAGUUAAUAUUAUUAUUAUGGAACAAAUCAACUGAAAUAAAGAAUCCUUCAACACACACUUAGAAACAAGGCUUUUAAUAAAAUAUGGGAACUGAAACUUUUUUUUAGUCCUAAAUGGAAAAGAUGCGCACUGAGUCAUUCAUUUCUCUCAGCUUCUCACUUCUUUCUCUCUUUAUAAAAAGGAAUAUGAUACUUAAAAAGGCAUUUGGAAUGGACAAACUGGAAAUAUUACAGAACUCUAAAAGCAAGUGUGUGUGUGUGUGCGUGUGUGUGUGUGUGUUUCUGUCUUGAACGUGUCUAGUUGUAGGUUUGGACAAACUGACUGUAAUCUGCAUAAAACAACAUAAUCCAUCACUGGUUUUUGUGAAUGACUGAAUAAUAAUUACUGUUGGCUCGAUGAGCGUUGAGCAAACAGAAAUCUCAAUAAAACUAGACUUCUAAUCGCUCUGCAUGGAACACAAAUCUGUGACAUGCAGCCUCAGCAUUCCUGUUUACCUUUUAAUGCAGCUUCCUUUAUCAUGUCUGCUGUCACGCUUAGACAGUCAACUGGAGAUCGAAAACAUUUAAUUAAGAGAUUGCUGGGUGUGACAACAUCCUCUUGGUUUUCCAGUUGGGAUUUCUUUUGAUAAAACACAGCGAUAAGAGUCCAGGCUCGCGCUGGUCAGAGUGAGACAUCUCUCAGCCACUCCAGAGAUUUGAAGAGGAAGAAAGCAAAACGAGCUGCCAGGAAAAUAAUCCAGAGUGAGGACUUCACCGAGGCUGGAUUUACAGAGCAGCAACUCGGCCGUCUGUGCAGCAGCACCAAAUAUCAGGGCUGCACACUCAUCUUAUUACUCUG